CAGCAGCAGCAACAGAAGCAGCAGCAACAGAAGCAGCAGAGAAGGAGCUCAUCCCUGCGUGCACUUCCCAACUCCAGCUCCUUGGACACCCCGGCUGGGGAAGAGACAGAAGGACAGCGAGAGAAUCCCUCCCUCCCUCCCCCCAGCCGCUCCGUGCAUGCACGGCUGAAGGUCCCCCAGUUCCCGAGCCGCCCCCCGCUCCCCCCUUCGCCCGCACCCGGGACAAAGCCAUGAAGCAGGCUCUCCUGGAAGUAAUGAGGAUGAACAGGAUUUGCAGAAUGGUCUUGGUCACUUGCUUGGGAUCCUUUAUCCUAGUCAUCUUCUAUUUCCAAAGUAUGUUGCAUCCAGUCAUGCGUAGGAAUCCAUUUGGAGUGGACAUCUGCUGUCGGAAGGGCUCUAGGAGCCCACUACAGGAACUCUACAACCCAACUCAGCUCGAGCUGUCGAACACAGCGAUCCUCCACCAGAUGAGGAGAGACCAGGUCACAGACACCUGUCGGGCCAACAGCGUGUCCAGCAGGAAACGCCGUGUGCUGACUCCGAAUGACCUCCGGCACCUGGUGGUGGAUGAAGAUCACGAGCUCAUCUAUUGCUACGUGCCCAAAGUGGCUUGCACCAACUGGAAGAGAGUCAUGAUGGUCUUAACGGGCCGGGGGAAAUACAACGAUCCCAUGGAGAUUCCAGCCAAUGAAGCCCACAUCUCUUCCAACCUGAAGACCCUAAACCAGUACAGCAUCCCAGAGAUCAAUCACCGCUUGAAAAGCUACAUGAAGUUUCUGUUCGUCCGCGAGCCCUUCGAGAGACUUGUGUCGGCCUACAGAAACAAAUUCACCCAGAAGUACAACACCUCGUUUCACAAGCGCUAUGGCACAAAGAUUGUCAAGCGCCAAAGGAAAAACGCCACCCAGGAGGCCCUGCGCAGAGGGGACGACGUGAAAUUUGAGGAGUUCGUGGCCUAUCUCAUUGACCCCCACACCCAGAGAGAGGAGCCGUUCAACGAACACUGGCAAACCGUGUACUCCCUCUGCCACCCGUGCCACAUCCAUUAUGACCUCGUGGGCAAAUAUGAGACGCUCGAAGAGGAUUCCAAUUACAUCCUUCAGCUGGCAGGAGUAGGCAGCUACCUGAAGUUCCCCACCUAUGCAAAGUCUACGCGAACUACUGAUGAAAUGACCACAGAAUUCUUCCAGAAUAUCAGUUCGGAGCAUCAGACACAGCUGUUUGAGGUGUACAAACUUGAUUUUUUAAUGUUCAAUUACUCAGUGCCAAGCUACCUGAAACUGGAAUGACGAGAGAGUGGGAGUGACGCCUGUUUUAUUUAAGAUUUUUAUUUGUCCAAAUAAAUAUAGGGGUACUGGGUUAUUUUGUAAAUUAAGAUUUCUUUUUGAAUGGUGCUGCGAGCAGCACAGUGAGAAUUAUUUAAUUCAUUUGUAGGGAAGGACAACUCUCUUGGCAGGCUAACAGAAUGGUGAUGUCCUCGUUUUAGAAUUGAAUACUGCAACAUUGUUUCAAACUUUAAUUGCGUUCUGGUGAAUUUCAUUUAAUCAUGCAUUCAUCAACUUCUGCCUAAUGUUAUUUAUAGCUAUUUAAAUGUGGUCUCUGGGUAGUGGCAGCAGAACUCUAGUGCUUUGACAAAAGAAAUAUGUUUUUAUACUUAUUGGAUGGAGCCCAAGUUCGGCCACUACUGUCUUCGGUAUUAACCUCCGAUGGAGCCGAUGGGUAGCAAUUGUUGAAAAAUAUUUCUUGAGUCUGCAAUUUUGGAAGUUCUGGCAGCAAUAAAAAGGUUGAUACUGCACUCCAAAAAAACGACAAGCCUUCCAUCUCGGAAGAGGAAGGAUUAAGAGCUGAUUUGUAAUACUUUAUAGAGAUCCCUGAUGGAGACAAAUGUGAAAACUUGUAACCCAAGGCCAGGAAAAAGCCUUAGUGUUUGUUGAAGGUGGCCAAGGGCUGGCUUUAGCAGAUUCCAAAAGGAUUCUAAGUUAGGUAACGGGUGAUGUGUCCGUUGCUAGAGAUUGAUUUAUGUUCUGUAUCGCCAUAGGUGGGAACUGUAAGGGCCGACCCCCAAAGCCCCCAAAAGGAAGAGAGAAAUGGCCCAUGUGAUCACGCUCUCUUCGUAAGUGGCAAUAUCCU